CCAACACACUCCUCCAGCUCAGUUCAAGUCGGCUUGAGAGGAGUGAAAGAGUGAAAAGUCCUCAAAAUAUCCUGUAUAAAACAUUAAGAACGAAUCAAAACUGAUAGCGUUGUUCAAAGUGCACUCAUUUCAUCUUCCUGCUGACAUCAGAUGAGGUGAAACCAUGAGUUUCAAAUGUGGAAUCCUAUCACUGAUCAUCCUGCUGAGUAUUUCAGUUUCAGGUGCUUUGGGUGAGACUCUGAGAGUGACCUGCAGUCCUCAGACUCUCUGCGCUCUACGAGAAUCAACAGUGACCCUGGAGUGCUCUCACUCCAACACCACCAUCAGACCUCAGCACAGCUUCUGGUUCAGCCCCAAACAACAAGCUAAAUGGAGGAACGAGGAAGAUCCAGAGGAUUUAGCUUUAGACUCAGACUACGCAGGACGAGUGAGAUACAAAAACAACAGAUACAGAUACAGCUCCAUCUCAACUCUUACAAUAUCAGAGCUGAGAGAGAGAGACUCAGGAGAAUAUCACCUCAUGAUCGUUACAGAAACAGGACAGAAAUAUUCCAGCUCAACAGCAGUUACUCUAACAGUUUCAGAUCUGCAGAUGAAGAUAACUUCUGAAACUGAAAAGCAGAAGGUGCUGACCUGUAGCACUUCCUGUAGUUUGACCUCUAAACCUUCUUAUUACUACUGGUUCAGAAAUGGACAACAUGAGCACACAACAAAUGAACCGCAGAAGGUUUUGAGGUUACAUAGCAGUGAUGGUCCUGGCAGCUACUCCUGCUCUGCUAGCAGCCAUCCUGAAAUCCGAUCCAAUACAGUGUGUAAUAAUGAUGAGAACUGCUGGAGUGUGACCUACUCAGACAGAAGAGUCUGUGCUUUGGAGGGUUCAUCAGUGGACUUUCCCUGCACUUACUCAUAUCCCAGACAUAAGACAGUUACUAAAACAUUCUGGUACAAAGUUAGGCUGAUAGACCUGAGUGUUAAUGAGCAGUUUGCUGGUCGAGUGGAGUUUCUUGGAGAUAAAGAGGGAAACUGCACUCUGAGAAUGAACAAUCUGACUAAGAGUGACUCUGGAGUAUAUUACUUUAGAUUCAUCACUGAUACUGAAAGAGGGAGUUUCUCUGGUAAACCUGGAGUUAAUCUGAGUGUUACAGACCUUCAGGUGAAAGUGAGUCCCACCACUCCAUCAGAAGGACAGACAGUAACACAGACCUGUAUCUCCACCUGCACUCUGCCCAACAACCCCACUUACAUCUGGUACAAGAACGGACAGCCUGUAACUAACAAACCCACCAGAUACAACAAGCUCUACCUGGAGUCAGCAAGCACUGAGGAUGUUCCCCAGUAUUCUUGUGCUAUAGGAGGUCCAGAGGCCAGCGCAGUGUUGAUGCUUGUCACAGUGGGUGUGGCACUCUUUCUGGUUCUAUUACUCAUCGUAGGAUGGAUGUGGAUACGGAAAAGGAACUCUAGCCCUGGGAAAGGCCUUAGGAGCACUGAGGAGAGCGGAAAGUGUGACUCUGCUCCUGUGUACAGUAACCUCUCUGACCUGGCCAUGACCGCUGACCCCAAACAGACAGAAGGAUCAGAUAAUCAGGAUGGCGUUCACUACUCCAGCAUUCAGUUCAAGCGCUCUUACACACAGAAACAGGCUCCGCCCCCUUCCUCCACGCUUCCUCUUUACUUCAUAGAGGACGAGGAUGUUCAUUAUGCAGCUGUGAACUUCAGCAGAGACAGCACCGCCCCCCAGCCUCUGGAUGCAGAUGCAGAUGAAGACCCGUCUCGGACCUACGGCCAGAUCCAAAAACACAAAUCUUCAACAAAGGCAGCAUAACACACACACUGUGGAGAGGGUCUGGAUCCUGGAUGGAGGUUUAGAUGUUCUGUUCUAGAUCUUCACUUCAGUAAUCACCAUCUCAUCCAAAUCAGUCAGGAGAGAGAAGUCAAGUGCUGUCUCUGAAUUUGGGGAGUGUUUUGGUUAUUUAUCGUAUAAAUAUAUAACAUUAUUUAAGGUUAUUACUGUGAUUCUGUGUUAAUAAUGCUAUAAUGUACAGACGAGCAGGCAGGCAGACAGACAGGCAGUGGUCAUUGUAUAGGCAUUGUUUCAAAGAUGAGGGACAGGAUGAAAAUGACCACACCAGGAAAAACAGCCUGCAGAUCCAGGUGGCACCACGUACAAUGCCUGGAGUCCAGGCAGACGUGAAGAAAGUCCAGGUACUGAUACAGAAGGAGCACAAAGUCUGAUUAGACAGGGACUGUUAUUCUGACUCGAAUGUCAUUUCAGAACAGACUUGAUCCAAUAGAUUUGAUGUAAAUAGCUGAACUGUCAGUUCUGAAGAAAGGCCCAUAAAUGUGCUGUCAAUUUCACUCCUUAAAGAAGAAUAAAUUCUGAAAAAUA